UCAGAGGGUGUGUCUACUAUUAUUCUAGCAGCACAUCAGCGCCUUUUCUCCGUUUUGAGAUGUAUUUCGCAAGAGAGGAGAAGUUUAUUUUUCCUAAAAUUGCGCCCUGGGUUCACGACCUUCCACUAAUGAGGCGCAAGACUAGAGGUGAGCCGUGGUAUCUCCACGUGCCCCUCCCACCACCAGCAAAACCUGCUGCCAGAAACACCGGCAGCAGGUUUCCCCCAAUCAAAGGGCUGGAACAAAAAUGGAGCGGGGUCUUAGGGGACUCCUCCUUUGGAGAGUUCACCUUAAGGCCCCUCCAUUACUAUCCAACUCCUCCACCAACUCCUCCGCCUGUCACUGCUACCCAGCCAGUGGUGGUGAAUAAGCCCCCGGCCUACAAUUCACCAGGUAGCAGAAUACCUAUUCUGGACAGGUGGAGGAAGCUGAGGCCAGUCCAAGCUGUGGUGCAGCCCAUUAACAAUAUGGCUGCCCACAGCAUAAUAACGGACAAACCAGCACAGGUGGAGAGAGCAGUCAGGAAGAAGCCCAGUAAGAUCAGGGCAGCUCCUCAGGCCGUUGGGAAAGGUCAGGGACUGGAGCAGCCACUGGUGCCACCAUCCCUGACCAGUGAAGAUCCCAUCAACAGGCCUGAGGACGCUCUCGGCCAGGCACUAGGUCUGCUGCAGGAUGAGGAAUGGGAAAGGAAGAUUGAGGGACUGAGGCUUGUGCGAGCUCUGGCUGAACAUCACUCUGAGGUGGUGCUGCCAGAGCUCCACUACGUCUGCAAAGCAGUCAUUGCGGAGGUGAAAAACCUCCGCUCUAUUGUCUCUCGGGACGCCAUCACCACAAUGGCGCACCUUUUCACUCACCUGCAGCACAACAUGGACAGUGAGGUCGAGGGCGCUGCUCACACCCUCCUUCAUAAGGCUGGGGAAACCAGCCUUUUUAUAAGGCAGGGUGUGGAGCUAGCCCUCAGCACUAUGGUGCACCACUGUUCGCCUGGCCGAGUCCUGCGAGGACUGCUGGAUGGUGGAUUCAGACACAGAAACCGGGUCUCCAGGGCCGCCACUGCAUUGAGCCUGGUGAGGCUCCUGCAGGUGGUUGGAGUUUCUCGUGUGCUGACUGGCAGGAAGAAUUUAGCGAGUGAAUUCGUUCCUGCCGUCAGCACACUGGCGUUUGAUGCAGACCAGGACGUCCGGGCCCAUGCUCGUGCUGCACUGCGGUACCUGGGCAGCCACAAGGACGCAGAAAGGGCUGUAGAGAAAUAUGUCCAAUUAAGGGACCAAUCACAAGUGAAGAAGUUGCUUCACAAUUAAUUAAUGAAUAAUUGUUUAAUUUAUUGUCUGUAGUUGAGAUGUUGUUCAGUGUUCAGCUGUUCAGACUGGGUUUGGUGUUGAACGCUCUGUUCUAGAGAAGUUUACAGACUCAGAGCUGUUCACAGUGGUGGAGAACAGGAACUACAUCUGAAGAGGUGGAUGAGGCAACGGCUCCACCUUCCUCUCGCCAGAGGGAGGCGGGGUCUCUGCUUGGUGGGAAACGCGCCGGCCCCGUGGCAUCAGGGCUUCCUAGUCAACCAGCUGGGAAUGUCCCGCCCCCAAACAAGCCCUGCAAAGCUUGUGAGGGGUUCGCCCAGGGCCGGCCGGCGUCCCCCAGUCCACCCUUCAGACGUACGGGUCCCGUCUCCAUCACUGUGAUCAGCUCUGACUCUGUCGGCUUCUCUGGAACAAAGCAUUUCACACCAAACCCACUCUGAACACCUGAACACCGAAUAACAUCUCAACCACACUGACUAAAUUUAAUUUCACAGAGUAAAUAAGUGAACUAAACUUCAGUUCAUUCAAAUUUAUCAUUUUUUUCAUUGCAAAAUAAAAAUCCUUAAAAAA